AUGAGUGGGACGAAUAAUGUAGAUGGCGAUGAUGACAGCUCUCGCCUGCUAUUACUCUUGACGGAUAUUUUAGGAGACUUGAAGAUUGUAAACAACAAGAGCAAGUCUCUGUGGACCCCCGAAUCCGUGCGAGCACUGGUCGUCCAAGAUGGCGACAAAGGGGGCAUGUUUCUCGUGUUGCAGUUGCUCAAUAUAGUGGACACGCGCCGUCGAAAACCCAGAGUAUCCUCCUGGGAGGAUAUCCGCCUCAAAUACGCGGCACUAUGGCCUCCCUUUGUGUCGGCAGAGAAUCUCUCGGAGGAACCCAUUGUUUCCAAGUUGGAAGUCUUGGUCUUUGCCGCGAGUGCCGUCCAAAGAAAGGCCUUGAGAGACGCCAAGACAGGAGACGACGGCAAAAAGAGAUCCCCGAAAAAGGAAGAGAACGAGGAGAAGCAAGAGACAGAAUCAGCAAAAGCAGUAGAAACAACCUCGAGUACUGGAGGAUCGAUGGUAGACUUGCCGAUUUCACUGCCUUCCCACUUCACGGAAGAACAACAGGCAUGGAUUCGUGAAUGCUACGAAGGAUUCCGAGCCGAUUACAAUCAGAGAAGAAGGGGGAUGCAACAACGAUUGGAUAUCAUGGCCUGCAACUUUCUAGCCGACAACAAGGACGAUCCAGAAAUGGUAGACGUCCGGCAAAAAGUACAGAGCCUAUCACUAUCGUCUCCGCUUACAACGGAUCUGAAUCAGCAAGAUUUGCACAAGCACUUUACCACGCCUCAUUCCUUUCAAGUGGACAAAAGCACUGCGGAGGCUCUCAAAAAGGCGACGCGGGUAGACACUCGAACUGCCGUGGAUCGAGGAGGGAGAACGGACGGUUCCAACUCUAGAUCCACCAUGCCGAAAUGGGUCGAUAAGGAUAGUUAA